CGCCCCAGGGGAACGGGAGGAGGCGCCCGGGGAGUUCCCGUUCGGGGCAUUGUGGGAAGGCGCGAUGCGGCCGGGCCUCACCUGGCGCGGGGCGGGGAGGGCGGAGGGAGCGCCCGGGAGCCACCCGGGCCGGGCCGGGGCCGCGCCGGCUCCCAGCCUGCGCUCCGCACCAUGAUACACUUUAUCCUGCUGUUCAGUCGGCAGGGGAAGUUAAGGCUUCAGAAAUGGUACACGACGCUACCUGAUAAAGAGAAGAAAAAGAUCAUUCGAGAAAUUGUUCAGAUUAUUUUGUCUCGCAAUCAAAAAACAAGUAGUUUUGUUGACUGGAAAGACCUCAAGCUUGUUUACAAAAGGUAUGCCAGUUUGUAUUUCUGCUGUGCAAUAGAAGACCAGGAUAAUGAGCUCCUGACACUAGAGGUUGUUCAUCGAUACGUAGAGCUCCUGGACAAAUACUUUGGAAAUGUGUGCGAGCUGGAUAUUAUCUUUAAUUUUGAAAAAGCUUAUUUUAUUCUUGAUGAGUUUAUAAUUGGUGGAGAAGUACAAGAAACUUCAAAGAAGACCGCAGUGAAAGCCAUAGAAGACUGUGACAUGUUGCAGGAGACAGUGGAAGAAUACAUGAACAAGCCUGCAUUUUAAUGUUAAACUACCUGGAGAGAAAACUGCUGUAUGCACUUCUACAAUGCACUUCCUGAAAUUGCUUCCCAAAGUGCCAGAUUCUCAGAGAAAUACCAAAAACCAAUAACUGAAGGGGUUUGUUUGUAUAAUGGUGAAGAUGAAGGUCAGCUAAUGUAGCAAAGGGUUUAACAGUUCUGUACUUUGCAUUACUCUGCAUAUGAGUUUCCCAGAGUUGUUAUUACCCUGGGUGUAGUUUUCUCUUCUCCUUGCUGGACUGAGCUCUUGUUUUUUACCAUGUCUUUUAGCUACAGAUUUUGUCAUCAUAAAAUGCUACUCUGACAGUACUUUGAAGAGAUAUUUUUACUAGUUUUGGUUCACUGCUGACUGUAUGACUCUACUUUUGUACAAAUGUCCAUUAUUUUGAAUGUAAGGAUUAUUCUACUCUAAUAAUAAUUUUUUUUCUAAAAGCCAAA